AUGGCUUUAACUAAUGGACAAAGAGUGGCUCAACUAUCCAUUCCUAUGUUCAAUGGAGAAAAUUAUGAUUUUUGGUACUUGAAAGCUAAAACAGUUUUUCGAGCACAAGAUCUGUGGGAACUGGUUCGAAAUGGUUAUAAUGAACCAGAAGAAGGAGCAGAACUCACAGAUGCAGAUACAAGAACACUAAAGGAGACAAAAAGGAGAGAUGCAAAAGCUCUUGCUUAUAUUCAACAAGAAAUGAGUGAAUUCAUCUUUCCAAGAAUCAUGAGAGCCACAACAUCAAAUGAGGGUUGGGAGGCUCUACGUGAGGAAUUUCAAGGAGAUACACGUGUACGAAACAUCAAGCUUCAAACUCUAAGAUGUGAGUUUGAAAACUUGAAAGAUGGAGAAAGUUUAAAAGAAUAUUGCUCCAAAGUUGUUGAAAUAACAAAUCAAAUGCUAUUGUAUGGAGAAGUCGUUAACGAUAAGAAAAAGAUCUUGAUAAGUUUGACUGAAAAAUAUGAUCCCAUAGUCUCUAUUAUUUUGAACAUCCGUGAGUUGAUGGCAUCACUACAAGCACACGAGCAAAGGUAUUUAAGACACUCCAAAAAAUCUAUUGAGAGUGCUUUACAAUCUAAGCUCAAUGCGUCCACAAAAUCACAAGGAGAAUCAUCAAAAGGAGGAAAAUCAGGCCGUGGAGGAGGAAGAAAUCAACGAGGAAACAGCUCCAACAACUCUAAACAAAAAUGUGGAAUUUGCAAAAGAAGCAACCAUGUUGACAAGGAUUGUUGGUUUCACGGAAAGCCACAAUGCAACCACUACAAAAGUUUGGUCAUGUGGAGAAGUGUUGUAGAUUCAAGAAUCAAUAACAAGCUAAAGUCUCUGAAGAAAAAGGAGAGCAAGGCCUGUUCUUUGCAAGCUGUCGAACAGCCAAAGAGAAAAAUUACAAUAUUUGGCUGUUGGAUAGCGAGUGCAGCAAUCAUAUCUCCGGAAACAAAAGUAUUUUUACAAGUGUGGAUGACAAAGUGA